UCUGGGGGAGUCCAUCCAGGUGGUUGAGAUUGGGGAGGGGCUCAGGAGGGGGAAGUUUCAGCCCCAGCUCUGCCCUCUUCUCUGUCCAGGCCAAGUGGCAGCGCCUGGUCACAGAGGGCCACACUCAUAUGGACAUGUUUGAACACAUCAGUCUCAUGACCCUGGACAGUCUGCAGAAAUGUGUCUUCAGUUUCGACAGCAAUUGCCAGGAGAAACCCAGCGAAUAUAUUGCUGCCAUCUUGGAGCUCAGUGCCCUUGUGAUGAAAUGGACCGAGUAGAUCUUCCUGCACAUGGACCUCCUGUACUACCUCACCCGCGAUGUGCAGCACUUCCAUGGGGCUUGCGACCUGGUGCACGACUUCACAGAGGCUGUCAUCAGGAGCGGCAUUGCACCCUCAUUAGUCAGGGUUCCCAAGACUUCCUCAAGGCCAAGGCUAAGGCCGAGACUUUGGACUUCAUUGAUGUGCUCCUGCUGGCCAAGGAUGAAGAUGGGAAAGAACUGUCAGAUGAGGACACCUGAGCUGAGGCUGACACCUUCAUGUUUGAAGGUGAGGGUCCCAGUGUGGGACUACAGAAUAGGCAGGGGUCUCUUCAUCCCAGGGACUUGGCAGCUGGGCCCUGGAUCACCCCAUCUUGCCCAUCCUUCUCAUCGUCUUUGUGGGGGGUGGUGGCGGUGGGGGGGCGGGGCUUAACAUGGUGCUGUCCACCCUCUGGUGCUGAAG